AUGCCCAUAAAGUAUCGUUCCAUCGCUUUCAAGCCGAGUGCCACCGUAGCGGGUCUUAUCAACAAGCGGACGAUUGCAAAGCAUAGGCUUGAUUUGGAUAUCAGCAGGAUUUCAUGCAUAUGGCUAUCAUUGUGUGCGGACUAUUCAGCAAUCUACUUGUCUUCUGGUGCAUUGGGAUUUUUAUGGAUGCAGCUGUCAUUGGAUGCCAACAUGUUUUCGUUCGUAUGGCUAUCAUUGUAUGUGGGCUAUUCAGCAAGCUACUUGUCUUCUGGAGCAUUGGGAUUAUCAUGGGUGCAGUUGUCAUUGGAUAUCUGCAUAUGGCUAUCAUUGUAUGUGGGAUAUUCAGCAAGCUACUUGUCUUCUGGUGCAUUGGGAUUAUCAUGGAUGAAGCUGUCAUUGCGAGCUACUUGUCUUGUGCCCUUUGGAUUCUUGAUGGAUGCAGCUAUUUUUGGAUGUCGACAGGGUUUCAUCACAUGA